AUGACUACGGCUCAUUGCCAUUUCGCUGCAGCUAAAUGUUUUAUAACGGUUUGUGUGUGGGAGGCAAACGCAAGUUCAACAUUCACUACAGGCAACGCUAACGGUGCUGAGUUUUCAUGUUGCGAUCUGCUGGUUGAAUCCACUUGCUGUACACUAAGUGCUUUGGGUUUUAAGAUGCCUCUUAUCAGUACGAAGCUACAUGUAUUGAACCCGGUAUGGAGAAAAAAGAAACCUCGUGACACUGAGCAACACGAAGAACCCGAACCAAAACCAGCAUUUAUCGUCCCAGAAACUCAAGAAAUUUGUACAUCUGCCGAGGAACUGCAGCGCAAAAUUACUAUAUAUAAUGAAAAUAUAUGGACUUGUCGUGUAACUGGGAAACCUAAUUUAACUUAUCGGGAAGCAUUGAAAACUGAAGCAACUGCUAUUCGGACACUAAAAAAGUGUUUCCCCAAGUUUUUUGAAAAAACCAUCCUUGAGCGCGUCCAUCUCAGUACUCUACCCCUGGAAUCCUUGGUACACAGCUGCUGGACCACCAUACAUGAACAAUUUCAUAUUGCGGAACCUGUGAAACUAAAAGUUGACUCUGUUUCGAAUACACCAAUACGCGGAAUAAUUGAUGAUAUAAUAAAAUCCCAAACUGUACCGACACCUGUUCCGGAUAACACUUCACCGAAUAAUAGUGACAAAGAAAAUGUGACUAAAAAGAAUUCUCCCAUCAAGAAAAACUACGCUUACAGUGUUAAAGUCCUUUCGGAUAUCCCUGUUGUUGUACAUGAUGUUCCAGCCUGUUCCAUUGACCGUAUCAACCGAGCACCUUCCAAAGACCAUAUCAAAAUGUUUAUUCGAAGUCAUGCUAUGCGUUAUGGACCAAACUUUACAGGUCCAUGGAUUGUAAAUGAGGAGCUUUUACGACGUCAUAAAAUACCUUUAAAAAGCCCCGGAUGUCAAGUUGAUAAAGUUAAGUUAAAACAAAUGUCCAAAGCCCUGGAGGAGGAAUACUUUGUACGCGUUAUGAACUCCCGACGUCAGUCUAACGGAGAAGGUACAUCAGAUGAUGUUACUUCAAGCACACCACUUAAUUUUAAACGUAUCAAACGCUUCUCUGUUCUACGUGAAGACAACACUCCCAAGAUGCUUGAAGAAAAUGAAGAUAACUUACCGCUAGCUCAGUUAAAAGAUCGUUCUCAAUCUAAACAAUCAUUGGAAGAUAGAAAGAAGAAAAUGAAACAGUCCACCUUAUUUCAAUUUGGCAAGAAAACUCCUACGAAAGAUGAAAUACCAGACAAGUCAGCAAUCAAUCGUCCUAAAAAGAAUACUAAUGAAAGAUGUGCAUUACCUCGAGUUGCUCAACAUCUCAUCAAAAUGUUUGGAGAAGAUCGUAAUAAUCCAGCCAUAGAAACUCAGAUAAGACUAUGUGCAAAAUUCAUAAAUGACGUAGAUAUUCUUAAGUUGCCUGUUGAAUUACGCGAUCCUGUGCGAUCAAAGAAAGAAGCGUUUGCGUUCAAAAAAAAGUUACUGACUAUGUCACCGACUCAACGAAAGCAAGCACUCCAAGAAAUGAAAGAAAAACAGAAGAUUGAACGUAUUCACGCUAAUAAAUUGCUUGAUGAUCAACAUCUUAUGACUGCUUUGCCUCAGUGCCCUCGUUUACCUGAACCUUCCAAACUUGAACUUCCUCCUAGUUUCAAUGAAUCUUUGUUUGGACGCCUGCUAGGAUUAACAGAAUUUUUCCAUGUCUUCCAUAGCUUACUUGUUGAAGGAUCUGUUGAUGAUACCGAGGUAGAGAAUCCAUCUGAAAAUAAUGUCCUAUCUGGCUUUUGUCGCCUUCCAGUCGAAUCUCUUGUAGCCGGGGUUGGUGAACCGGGUUAUUCUGAUGAUGAUGACGAUGGUAAUACUGAUGAAGAAGAGGAAGAAGCUGGAUUAACUGAAUCAAAUGCUCCACUUCCGAAAAUAUGUAUAAAGUCAUUGCGUCGUCUAGGAUUGAAACGAUUACUUAACGCUGUCACCACAAAUAAUCCAUCAGCCGGUGCCUAUCGAUCACUAGCACGUCCUUUAAGUGUCCUAUUACGCUUAGUCUUAAGAGAUGAACAAAUAGGUAAAAAACGGGAGUUGGGCUUGAAACUGGCUAAAUUCCCAGUUACACCGUAUACAGCUCCUGAGCUCCUUAGAUUGACUCUUUUAAACGAAAUCCCAUCAAAUCAUGCUAGAACAACUAUAUUGGAACAAUUACGAAAUCAUGAUACUCCAGUCACCGAUCCUAAUCCAUUUGACCAGAAUUCUGUGACACAACUUAUACACCACUUAUCCAACUCUGAUCUACAUGAACUGUUUCCAGAAAUACGUGUAAUAGCGUUGGAAUGGGCAGUGGAUAAAAUUUUCGAUCUUGAUCUUAUAGAUGAUCAUAUUAUGGCAUGUCAACGUCGUGCAGCUGAUGCUUGGCAAAGGAAAAUUCAGGUAUUACGUGAUAAAAACUUACGAAAAAAAGACAAAAAAGAUAAUGCAAAUGAAGCUAACAAAGCCACCAGUAAUAAUAAUAAUAGCAAUAAUAUAUCUACCAAUCAACUUGAUGAGUCGAAGUCUAAAGCAGACACUCCUACCGCUACUGCUGAUGAUAUCACAGAUUCUGAAAAUGACUUAGCAUCAAUUGUAAAACGCAGACGAAUUCUAGCUGCACGAGCAGCAAUAGAAAAGGAAGAAAAAGAAAAUCUGGAACGUCAACGCCGUCUGGAAAUGGCUCAAGAACAUGCUGAAGAACGUGCAAUUAAUACAGUUAGUCGACUUCAUGAUAUUCGGUCUACAGAAGCAAAAUGUGUUCUACGAAACAACCCUAUUGGUUAUGAUAGAUAUUAUCGUCGUGUUUGGUAUUUCCGUUGUUCUCCGGAUCGUUUGUUUUUGGAGGCUAAUUGGGCUUCUUCAAGUAUCAUGUAUUCGGUUGAUUCCUUUAGAAAAAAUGAAUCUGUCCCAAUUACCACUUUGAGUGAUGAAACAAUACCACAACCUGCUCAUGAUUUUGUAAAAAAUGGCACAUUGAACAGUGGAACUAUUUCAAGUUCCUGGAGUAAUUGGUAUUUUUAUGAUCGUCCUGAACAGUUAGAUGAAUUGUUAAAUUCAUUGCUAACUCGCGGUGUUCGAGAAAGUCAUUUAAAAAGUCAGUUAUUGGCAGAUGGAUUUCUGGAGUCACUUAAAAAAAGAUGGAGAAGUGGUCUCUCAAAUGAAUUGGUAAUUAAAGCUGACACGACGAAUGGUACUCCUAUAAAUGUAGAAAAACAUCCACCUCAUCAUAAACGUAAUCUUCCUGCUGGAGCCGCUUUGGCAGGAGCAUUGUUAAAAAAUAUUUUAGAUACCGAGGUUCGUCUGAGAUCCGGUGGUCUCGGUGGUGUACCAGAUUUUACAAAAUGGCAAGAGCGUUUAGCACAAAUCCAAGAAUCCUAUGGAAUCCAACAAGAAACUCUUAAUGUAAAUUUGUCUUCAAAACCAAAUCUGUCAGCUUUAUCCAGUCUAUGUGAAUUGCCAAAUAAAGCAGGACUUGCUAUUGCUCUUAUUGAAGUAGCUGAAAAUAUAAUACCUCGCUUUUUAAACGUUCCUGAUCUUUGCACCAAGUCAAAAUUCAACUCUAAUCAAAAUGGAACAAAUGAUUGUCAUGAUCUAAAAACUUCCUUUCCAGAUCAUGUACCAUUUUGUAGAUUUUCAUCUGGAGAAGAUUCAGACGCAUCUGAAAGUAAUGAUCGUUCACAGGAACUGGAGAAAGCUGUUUUAGACCCUGAAGCUCAUGAACUACGAACUCGUGCUUGGAUGACAGCUUGGCGUACUGAAGUUCAAAAUGCUCGUACACUGACCCGAUUAAAUCUCUUACAUGCAUGUCUGGAUGCAUGUGUUCGCUGGGAAAAGUCAGUGGAAGAUGCGCGCUGUCGUAUUUGUCGUCGGAAAACAGAUGAUGAUAAUUUACUACUUUGUGACGGUUGUAAUCUUGCUUUCCAUCUCUACUGUUUACGUCCACCAUUAAAACGUGUACCAACAGGUGAUUGGUUCUGCCCGACUUGUGGACCAGCCUCCCGUGCCCUUGAAAAGCGUAAGCGUGAAGAACGUUUAGCUCGGUCUGCAAGACGACGAAAACGUGCUUUGUCAUCUGAUGAUGAAGAACAAUUAAAUUCCGAUAAUAAUGAAGAAAGUAGUGGCGAAAGUGAAGCUACUCAAAAAAUCAAACGUCGAAAUCCCCGUUCAUUUCGAUCCAAAGGCGGUAAUGACUCAAGUGCGUUCAAUAUAAAACGUUCAAUUAGUCCAGCCAAUCGUAAUUCAGUUUCAUCUAGAAAUAUCAGACACGAUACAUCCUGUCUUGUUUGUUCAGAUUCAAUUGGUGAUUUGGUUCUAUGUUCCAACUGUCCCAAUGUAUUCCAUCUGGACUGUCAUGAUCCCCCAUUGCAUCAUAUUCCACGUGGAGAUGGUUGGCAGUGUUCAGUUUGCCGGUCGAAUAAAAAACGUUCUACUAUUACUUCUUAUUUUCAAAGCAGAGAUUAUCGUCGAAAAACUUAUCAAGCAAUUUUCAAGAAACGAGCUGUCAGUCCAGAUGAACGUAGCGAUGAUGAACUUUUAAAUAGUACAUCUUUUACUCGUUCAACACGAAGUAACAAUAGAUCUCGAAGGAAUAUCGCAAUGUCUGACACUGAUGAUGAACAACAAUCGAGUGAAGCAUCUUCAGAUGUAGAUAUCCGCUCUAAUAAUCAACGUCCAAUUUCCCGUCGACGUAGUGCUUCACGAUCAGCGUCUGCUCUUAGUUCACAACUAAAUAAAUAUCCAAAACGUAGACGACGACACUUGUCUGAUCAGGAGGAUACUUCAGAAACAGAACAAAUGGACGAAAAGUCUCAAUCUUUAUGUUCACACAUUCUUGAUGCUGUGUAUAAGCACAAACACUCAUGGCCGUUCAGAAAACCUGUUGAUAGAAGCCAGGUUCCCGAUUAUUAUGAAAUUAUCACAGAUCCUAUCGAUUUGUCCAUGAUGCGUGAUUGGCUUUCUGAAGGACGGUAUAACACGGAAACUACCAGCGCAGGACUGAAGAAACUAGUACAUGAUCUAGGUACUAUGUUUUAUAACGCCGAAUUAUAUAAUGCUGCUGACUCAGACGUUUGGUUAGCUGGAGAGCAGUUAGAAAAAUUCGUGAAGAAUCAGUUCGCUCAUAUAAACACAGAUGUUAUCUACUCUAGACCAGCACUUGGUGAUGCAUGA